GUCAAAGGUUGCAGUUCAGCUAGCUAGCUAGCUAAAUCCUGAGCUCCAGUUGUUUUGACAGAGAAGCUCUGUUGUUAUCUGGGGAAGAGCGGCAGACGACUUGCACUUUCGAAAUGUGUCGUUUGCAGAUUUGUUAAACUUUUUUCUUUAUUUCCGGUCACACUUUACACCGUUCCCACAUAAACAUGACUUCCCGACGGCCAGACAGCUUCGACGGGUUGGGUUACAGGGGCAGGGAGGAGCCGUCAUACGGCGGAGGCUAUUCGGGAAGGUCGUUUAACAGUUCAUCCAGCACUGACAUGCAGCACUGGGUCACCACGCCUCCGGACAUUCCCGGCAGCAGAAACCUGCACUUUGGUGACAGCACGCCGCAGUUUGAAGCGCCUCCUGCAGCCCCCGGGGCCGGAGACGAGUCUCAGUCAGCCGUUCCAUCAUCCGAUCAGUUGAACAGAUUUGCUGGAUUUGGGAUUGGUCUUGCAAGCCUCUUUACAGAAAACGUUCUAGCCCACCCAUGUAUCGUGUUUCGGCGGCAGUGCCAGGUGAAUUACCAUGCCAGAUGUUACCACCUGUCACCUUUAACAGCUCUUACCGUGAUGUACAACAUCUCCAAAACCCAGGGUCCAAAGGCUUUAUGGAAGGGGAUGGGGAGCACAUUUGUGGUCCAGGGAGUGACGCUCGGGACAGAGGGCAUCAUCAGCGAGUGCACACCGCUACCAAGGCAACUGUCACACAGGUGGAAUCCCAAACAAAUCGCAGCCCACUUUAUCCUGAAAGGUUUAACACAUGUGGUUGCAUUGCCAUUUUACUCAGCAAGCCUCAUUGAAACUGUCCAGAGUGAGAUCAUUCGGGACAACCCGGGCAUCCUGGACUGCAUCAAGGAAGGUGUGGGGCGUGUCUUGGGUCUGGGUGUGCCCCACAGUAAACGCCUCCUUCCCCUCUGGGCGCUGGUGUUCCCUACUGUCCUCCACGGCAUCCUACAUUAUAUCGUAAGCUCGAGUGUUCAGAAGCUGGUGCUGUACGUGCUGCGUCGCCGUGGCAACACCAUCACGUCACCCAAACGCACCGACUUCGGCAAUGAGCCGGUCCAGAACAUGCUGGAAGCUUAUUUCCCAGAGCUGAUCGCUAGCUUCGUGGCCAACCUGUGUGCUGAUGUGCUGGUAUUUCCUCUGGAGACGGUGCUGCACCGGUUGCACGUUCAGGGAACUCGCACCAUCAUUGAUAACACUGACCUGGGCUUCGAAGUGCUUCCCAUUAACACUCAGUACGAGGGGAUGAGGGACUGCAUCAACGCAAUCCGACGCGACGAGGGUCCGCUGGGCUUCUACAAGGGCUUCGGGUCCAUCGUGAUCCAGUACUCGCUACACGCAACAGUGCUGCAGAUCACCAAGAUGAUUUAUUCAACUUUACUGCAAAAUGCCUGAGGGGAAAAUCUAAAACCGGUCGUUCACGGGUCCUUUCUUCUCACCGCGUUAUUACUUCAGGAAGAACUUGCAUGCAAGUUUGAUGCAUCACCACUUGUAAUGUUGUAAUAAGGCUGCUUUCACACUUCUUUUUUCGACAGAAAGACUGCCUGUCGCGUCCGUUUGUGCUGAAAUAAACCGUUCAAGUGAUGCACAUGCUGUAACCUGAACAACACACACACAGAUCAGCCAGCUUAUCGAUAUAGACUGUCGUAAAGAUAAAAUGUGAUGAAGUUGUAAAUCAUAAGCCUCCUUACAUUCUCUCACGAACCCUACGUUCACGCUAGCAAUGACGAAGUGACGGGCGGCUGUCACACCGUGCUGCGAAUUCAUUGACAGCUGCAGUUUAAGUGACCUUUAAACGGAGAUUUUCUCAUUUCUAUGCAAAUUACUUGGUUUGAUGCACAAAAAUGAAAAAUAAGCAUGGUUUUGAAGAAAAUUAAAGCUUAGUAGAGAUCAUUCUUGCCUCUUGCGAGUCUAGAUAUGCAAAUAAUUACACUACAGUUUUGCUAAUCUGUCAAUGAACCUACAAAGUACAAAGUCACAUAACAUGUAAACCAAACCACAGAUUAUAGUGCUUUAUUUAUUUUGUGUUUUAUCAAAUUCGAGGCUAUGCAGCAGCUAACAAUCUCAUCAGAACUCAACAAGCGCCAGCACACACCCACAAAAGACAAACUCCACCCAAAACAUGUCUCUUGCUAGUGUGAACGUAACGUAAGAACGUUAUCAUCGCUCACCCUCCCCUCGCCCCAUGAGCUGCAUCCUGAUUGGUUUGUGCGUCCACUAUGAUGGAGGGGGGAAAAAAACCUAAGAGGCAGCAGUGCUUUUUAAUCCUCCUCUUCUGUUUACGUCAAAAUUACCCUGAAGCACAAUUGGAUGACUAAAUGAACCACUUUUCCAACCUGAAACCUGACGUGAUUGAUUGAUUGAUUGAUUGAUUGGUAGAUAGUAGUAAGAGUAAGACGUUCAGUCUAAUAGACAAUACAAAAAGUUUCCAAGAUGUUUCUGACACAAGUCCGACAACAGAGAUUAGAGAUUCUGAUCAAGUCAUUUUGCUCUCAGGGUAAAAAGUGGAAAAAUGCGUGGAUAAGAUGGUAAAUGUUGCUACUAAGGGAGAGCCCCAAAUGUGUGAUUGCCUGUUUCCAUCAAUGCCAUUGUUUCCAUCAGACUGUUAAUAAAAACGAACUUAAAGUGCCAUUCCACCAUUGGAUGUAUUUUUUGGCAUAAAAUACAAUAUAUUUUAUGACAACAUGACGAGACAGAGAA